AUGAGUGACAAACUACAGAGAACCAUCGCGCGGUUCCAACAGAAGAUCGAUAACAAAGAUUUCUAUGAAGCCCAUCAGACCUUAAGAACCAUUACCAACAGAUACGUGAAAACCAGCCAGUAUCCAGAAGCCAUUGACUUGCUCUACCAAGGUCUGUCUAUCUUGGCCACCAAUAAGGAAUAUGGCUCGGCCAGCGACUUGAUUUUGUAUUUGAUUCAGGUCUAUGGUGAGGCAAAGAUCAAAUGCUCCAACGAGGCGGCAUCGAAGGACUAUAAGUGGAAGCUUAUUGACUUGAUUUCACUUUUGCCAGAUUCUGACCCAUCGUUGGGCGAUGUGGCCAAAAAUGCAUUGGCUUGGUCCAAGGAGUCCUCGCUGUCCAAAUUUGGUGAUGCUGAUUUGCACCAUUUGUUCGGAUCCAAGUUCUUGAAGGCCAUCGAUUCACAGACUACUGAAGAUGAAAAGUAUAAGUUAUUUGCUGUGGCAGAAUUGCACUUGAUAUUAGGAACGUACGAGUCAUUGCCUAUCUACGUCGACUACUUGUUUUCCUGGUAUCAGGAAGGAGGCAAGUCUGGCGAUGCUGGAGAAUUUAUUGCCAGAGCAGUCAUCAACUACGCAUACUUGAAGAACAUCAAAUUUGCCCUGAGUGCAUUAGAGAGGUUUUUGUCCAAAUAUGUUGCGUCCGACGUUGAGAACUAUUCCAAGGUCGACGAUUUGUAUAUGUUCGAGAAGCUGGAGGUAUUGAACUUCGUUCAGUUGCUUUUGGCUACGCUCACUAAGGUCAACUCGGGCGAGAAGUACUUGAAGUUAUACCAACAUUAUAAGCAACUUUUGGUGAGUGCUGGGCUUGCGCCACUGGUGGAGUACUUGGGUCGUUUUUACUUCGGUUUAAACUUGGGCAACCCCCAGGGAGGCAACAACAUGUUGGCCAAUUUGAUGGGAGGACUCUUUAAGUAG